AUGGCUGGAUACGGAGAUUAUCAUACAGGAGGGCAAUCUGAUAAUUGGUCUGGUGGUUAUGGUCAAGGAUCGUCGGCAGAUUCCUUUGGUGGUUCUGGACAUUCUAGUAGUCAAGAUCGAGGUAGUCGUGGCAGAGGUGGUGGUGGUGGAAAUCGUUGGGGAGGGAAUGACGGUGGACAAAAACGAAAUUUCUCUGAUCAUAAUUCUGCUAACCGCGGAGGUUCAUAUAGCGGUUCUGGUGGUGGUGGUGGUAGUAGUUAUAAUCGUCGUGGAAACGAUAACAAUGAGGAAGAAGACGAUGGUGGUAAUCGAAUGGAAACACAACGCGAUACAAUAUUUAUCCAAAAUUUACCAAGAAAUGUAUCACGAGAAGAUUUACAGAAAACAUUUAGUCAAAUUGGAGUUAUUAAAACAGAUAAAAAGACUGGUGGACCAAAAAUAUGGAUUUAUAAAGAUAAAGUCACAGGAGAUGGAAAAGGUGAAGCAACAAUUACAUAUGACGAUGAGGAAGCAGCACUGGCAGCAAUAAAUUGGUAUAAUGAUAAAGAAGUAUUAGCAAAUAUUGUAAAAAUUACACUUGCAACAAGAAGAGUAGGAGCAGGACAAGCUGUUCGAGGAAGGGGACGAGGAGGAUAUCGCGGAGGAGGUGGAGGCGGAGAUCGUGGAUCAUAUGGAGGAGAUAGAGAAGAUCGAGGUGGAGAUUCAUAUGAAUCACGUGGAAGAGGAGGUGGUGGUUAUAGAGGGCGAGGAGGUGGUGACCGAGGUGGCGAUCGUGGAGGAUUUCGCGGUGGUCGUGGCGGUGCUUCACGAGGAUUUUCGAGGGAUAACAGAACAAAUCCAUAUUAG